AGGGGCAGGAUGGACGAGGACGUGCUGACCACCCUGAAGAUCCUCAUCAUCGGCGAGAGCGGCGUGGGCAAGUCCAGCCUGCUCUUGAGGUUCACAGAUGAUACUUUUGAUCCAGAACUUGCAGCAACAAUAGGUGUUGACUUUAAGGUGAAAACAAUUUCAGUGGAUGGAAAUAAGGCAAAACUUGCAAUAUGGGAUACUGCUGGUCAAGAGAGGUUCAGAACAUUAACUCCCAGCUAUUACAGAGGUGCGCAGGGUGUUAUAUUAGUUUAUGAUGUCACAAGAAGAGACACCUUUGUUAAACUGGAUAAUUGGUUAAAUGAAUUGGAAACAUAUUGCACAAGAAAUGACAUAGUAAACAUGCUAGUUGGGAAUAAAAUUGAUAAGGAAAAUCGUGAAGUCGAUAGAAAUGAAGGCCUGAAAUUUGCACGCAAGCAUUCCAUGUUAUUUAUAGAGGCAAGUGCAAAAACAUGUGAUGGGGUACAGUGUGCCUUUGAGGAACUUGUUGAAAAGAUCAUUCAGACGCCUGGACUGUGGGAAAGUGAGAACCAGAAUAAAGGAGUCAAACUGUCACACAGGGAAGAAGGCCACGGAGGAGGAGCCUGUGGUGGUUAUUGUUCUGUGUUAUAAACUCUGGGAAACUCCAUCUCUUGCAUAUUUGAUCAGAUAGUGACAUCUUUCUGUAUAUAAACUCUUUAACUGCUAUUUUAGGGACCUUGCAGUUUGCACAUAUUUGUUUUGUAUCAUGGCAGUAAAUACUUGCAAGAAAUCCCACUCACUGGCUUCCCCAGGUAAAACGUUAUGGUGAGCAUGCAUGGUUUGCAGUCCACAGUUUUUUAUGUAACAUAAAAUAGGUGUACCUUUAUAGGUCCAUUUGAUUUUAUGAUUUACAUUUAUCAUGUGAUUUUAAAAAAAUCCACUUAUCUAGUAUAUGUUGAUACAAAGUCUACUUUCGAUCUCCUUUUUGCUUAAAUACUCCUAUCAAUUACUGAAUUAAUGGGUAUGUAGAACUCCUGGAACCACUGGGAGAUAUACAGGUAUCAUCAAACCUGGCAAAUUUCCUCUCAGGAAUAACACAGAGCAUGAUUCCACAGCUUUUCUAGGAUGUUUGCUGACAGAUUCUCUUUUAGUAACUAAGUGAAAUUCUCUUUACAGGAUGUAGUCCAGGCCAACUUUAAUUAAAUUUCUGUUCUGAUGAUGCUUCUAUAAUAGCAUUGAUAUGUUAAAGAAGUUUGGUCUUUCUUUUUCAAUUUACUUCAAUGAGUAGCUCAGUUGCUUAACUGGAGUUUCAAAUCUGUGAUAUGUACAUUGAAUUCAUGACCCUGUGUGCAGCGUUUUGAGUUAUGUGGUGUUUGGCAGAAUGGCAAUAAGGUUUUCCCCCAUUUUGGUUUCGGAAAGAUAUGAAUAGUGUGUUUAUGUAACUCGUGUAGUACUUACCACUUUUAAAACCAACACCUUUUUCCAUAAAUGUUGGUGGUGUUUGUCCAGGUACUUCAAUUGUAGCUUGUGUAAUGUUUAUGAAUAUCUGUAUCUUAUGACUUCCAUAAAUGGCUAGUUGAUAUUCAGAAACCUAUUUCUGUGUUUUGAGGGUUGGGAAAAAAAGAACACUAAAUGACAAUUUGAGAAAGGGAUAUUGCUUCCAGAUUUUGAUGUGUGCGGGAAAAUCUGUUGUGAUGAAAAUCUGCAUAAUUUACUGUAAUAAGUAGCUAAUUGUUUAUCAGAACCAACUUGUACAGACUAAUAAAUCUUUUCCACAGUAUUCAGUUUUCUAACCUCUUGGCUAUUGUACAUUGUAUAUUUUUUUUCACUUAUUUGUUACUUAGUUUACAUUGAUCUCAGCUUUUUUAAGCCCCAAGUAAGUAAUUUGUCCAUUCAGGCAGGUCACUAUGAUACCCCUCAGUAAGAUUCUGAUGUUAAUUUCUGGGCAGUUUGUUCUCUGUAUGCAGUUGCCAAUGAUAAGCAUUUUUGUGAGUCACCUUUGCAAUAUGUGUGAUAAUGCAUUUACUUCAAGUUGGGUCUUUCUGAAAAUGUACAUCUUCAAAUAAGAAAACUUUCCAUUCUACUUGGUUCACAUUUGUUAGACUGUAUUACAUGUGAUUGAAGGUUUUCUACGUUCUGUAUGCUUUUACUAAAUAUAAAACAUUUACUACUUCAGUGUUGGAGAAAGGUAGCUAACCCAUGUACCUACCAUUUGUUCGUGUUACAUUAAAACUGUAGGUUUGUAUGUUUAUGUAGUGUCUGUAUUGACAAGACAUUUCUGUUUAUUGCAUUUUGCUUCUUGAGCUAUAUAAUAAUCUUUCUCUGCAUUGGAUUGUUGUCUUAAUUUGGUCAGAAUUUGGAUACAUAUGAGUCAAUUUUUAAAAACUGAUUUUGUUUGAUAGAUUUAUAUUGUAACCUUUUAUAGCUUUUAAAUAAAUAUAGCCUGCUUUCCCUAGAUGCAUUUGUGCAGGAAGUAUUAUACAUUUCCCUAUUACUCUCAUCAGCUGAGGAACAUCUGAAUAUAGUGUUAUUCAAAUUCUAUUAUGUAAUGUGGCUUUCACUUUACUAUUUUGUUGCAAACUUAUUGUUUCAUAGUGGAGGUUUUCUAAGUGAAAUAGUUGUAAUAUCUAAAAUUAGUCACUUAACUGAGGAUUUUGUUAAUUUUUUCCCCAGAUCAUUUAAAGUAGUUUUAAAGUGCCUUUUGCAUAUGGUGCAAAUUAGAAGUAGAAUAUAGUAUUUUGAGUUCUAGGAGUACUGACGUAGACCUGAACAAAUGAAAUAACUAUUCAAUUUAUAUUAAGAGUAAUAGUUAACAUUUAUUGAAAGAUUCCUUAGUGCCAGGUGCUAAGUGCUGGAUUAUCUCAUUAAACUUCACAGCAACCUUAAGAGAUUGGUUGGUAUUCCUCUUCUGCCCAUUUUAAAGAUAAGGAUCAUGAAACGGACAUAUGUUAGGUAACUUUCCAAAGAUCACGUAGCUAAUCGGUGAUGGAGCUGCAUUCCCGUCAUUUUCACUCCUGAGUCCAUAUGCUCUUACUCACUGCUCCCAUUGCUAUGGCCGAUUACUACCUUUUGGUUUUAACACAGCAGGAGAGUUUCCCUGUUUCUUUAUCAUUCUUUUGUUAUGUGUAAUAGAAGUAUUUCAGCUUUUUUGGUUAUAGAGUAGAGCAGGAUACUGAAGGAGAUGAGUUUGAUCUCUCAUUGAUGUAAACAUCAAUGUUGACGUAAACCAACCGUGUAAGUCAUUUGACUAAAAGUUAAGGUGGUGGAGUGGGUGGUCUCAGUUCUUUUACCUCGUCAGGGUGGAAUGAAAAUCCCUGACUUAGAAAAGUUUCAAAGUCAGGCGACAUGGCACCUUAACUUCCUAUUUGUAAUUGGACUUGAGAGAAGAAAUUAAAUCUGGGAACAGUCUUUUGUUUAAAACUGAAAUCUGGGGGAUAUUAUACCUGUGGGGGUGGGACAGACCUACCUCAUAUCCAUAAUCUCUUUAAAUACAGCUUAGUGUAUGUUUUUUCUGAGUUUCAAAUGAGCUAGGAUAAUCUAGGUAUUCUAGACUGUAGGUCUUCUCAGUAUCAAGCAUUACGCUUCUUUGUCUUGGGGUCCAUUUCACCAGUCAUACUUCCAAAGGUUUUUGUCCUUCAUGUAUUUUCCCUAUUUAGACAUAGGGGUAAAAGCAUUUAAUCAGUUUUCAGAAGACAUUGUGCUAGUUCUGACCGCAGCUAUGCUGAGGGUGAUCAGCCACAGACUUCAUUCUGGGUUUUGUCUAGGAAUGCGGAAAGACGACUGUAGGAAGAAGCAGAGAGGCUGCGUCAGGACUUGGGGCUGAGGGAUAUAAAUCUACCCAGGAAGCUGAUUUUUUUUUCAGAAUGGGAACAUCUAUCAGGUUGGAGGGGGGAGAAAAAGGUAAUCAACUUCUGUUAUGUUAAGGGAUUUAAAUUUUACUAUUUGUUGCUAGCUUUUUGUUUCAUGUUUAGGAAUCAGUAAUGUUUCUGAUUGGGUAUAAAGUUUGCUUAAGCGCCUUAGUUACAGCUGUUUUGUACACACACACACACACACACAUUUCUAGUAGAAGUGUGAGCGCCUGUUCUCAGUCCUGCCCCCUCACCCUCUCUCUCACUCACAAACAAUAUUUUUUCUUUUGUUUAUUAACCUGAUGAGCAACAAGUUAUGUAAUUUUAUUUCUGUUUCUUUGAUUGCUAGUGAGAUUAAGCAUUUUUAAUAUUUUAUUGGAUAUUUGUAUUAUUUAAUUCCUGUUUGUGUAUGUCGUGGUUGCCCAUCCAGCAUCCACUUCCUUCUCUCACAGUGCUACCCACUUUUUCUUUGGAUAACUGCCCCCCAUCAUCACACAUGUGGUUUGGAUGAGAUUUGUCACACCCCCAGCUCUGGAGUUGGCCUGGCUGCCUUUAACUAGUGCUCCUCCCUCCCUGUAAAUGGUUAGGGAUAGGCACCUGACCCACAUCAGGCUACUUAGAUUUUGCUGAGGCUUCCUCAGGAACUGCUGAAGAAGACGCCUUCUUGGAGAUAAGUGUGGUGUGAGGAUUCAUGUUCUGAACUUGCUGCAGCUAAUUUUUCUAAUCCAAAGGAGCCAGCCUGAGGGCAGUACCAAGAAAAUGAGAGGGAGUCCAAGUUGGAGCCCUGAUGCAAUGUGGAACCUCUGGAUCAAGUUGGACCUGAAGUGAAAUCUACUUCUGGACUUUGCACUUAUCUGAGCCAAUAAAUUCCUUUUUUGUUUAA